AUGGCGCCCCCGACGCUCCUGUUAUUGUCUCUCGGUUUUCUCUUCUCUAUACUUGCUCAUGCGGAUGAUGAGUAUUUUUCCGUGGGUGACCUGAGCCAGUACACCACGGAUGGAGUCCCGACACCCGUGCUCACCGGGUCCGUGAUUGAAAUUACUGCGGUAGGUGAUCCGGCUGAGAAUGGAAUCUUGGCAUUCCUGUCUCCAGAUAUGCAGACCAGCCUGAAAUCCACCAUGGAUAGCGACUGCGCGGCGGACAUUGACUCAAAGUGCUACCAAGAGGUCCUGGACGUCCUUGAGGGCACUGGCCGCACUCUCCAAUCCCGCAGUCUGAACCCACCCGCACUAGAGCCGCGCAACUUGGCUUAUCUAGGGGCUGGCGCGAUGGCCAUUAUCGGCUUCAUAAUCGCAAAAGUCUACCGGGACGACAAGGUGGUUCCGGUGCCCAUCAAGAUUCCCCCGGCGCAACUGGAGGACUCUUUCAAUCUGGAAACUGCUACCGCCAUCGUCUUCAUCACUGACUUCAGCCAACCAGAGCAGACCAUCACGCAACCUCCAGAGCAGGACACGGCGACUGGACUGCCAGCCACGAUUACCACCUUUGCGAGUGCCGGGAACGGCGCGAGUGCGGGAGAUAUGGGCAUCCAGCUGGACUCGACGGUGGCAGCGCACCUCCAGACGCUGCUUUCCGGCUCGGACAACAGCAACUGCGACAUAGGCGCCGACUUCUUUUCUUCAUCCUCCCUCCGGUCUCGUUCGCUGGACAUGGCCAGCGUCAUCUGCGGCGCCGAAAACAUCCUCGCCGACGGCAUCGGCCGGGAUGGAUAUCCCAACUGGCUGCUCAUGAAUCACGGAAACUUCCCGUGGACCAAUGCAGAGCUUGUGGCAGGUGUAAAUACUGUCGUGCAGUGGGCACUCACUCAGGCUGACCGGCUGAAUCCGGGGAUCAGCGCAUCUCAUCUCCACGGGCUGGCUGUCGGGGCCUUUGCCUUGUCGUGGCUCUACUUCACCAAUGGGGCCAUCACGACCAAUAAUGUGAUCCCCGCCGCAUCGCUCCGGGGGGGUCCUACCGCCACGGUGUGCCAAGCGCAGACAGCGACCCAAUGCGGCGUUGAGUGCGAGGUCCAGACAUUCGCCCCUCAAUUCGCCUGCUCAACUGCCUGCUUGACCGUCACAUCUUGCGAUGCGCAGGACGCCCUCACCACCACCCUCACAGCCACCAUGACUGCUGUCGGCGCGGACCCAACGGGGAAUUCGUCGACUGCGACUGGUCAAGGGCAACAGAUCGCUGUCGCUUCGUACAUCAACCCGCUUGGUGACCCGGCUGCGUGGAAUCGGCUGAUCGCGUAUGAUGUGAAGAAGAUGCCUAUCUUAGUUGCCAACGUCGUGAACGGCCCGGAUUCGGCUCUUGACUCGAACUGGCAAGGUGUGAUCCAGCGUGCUUCGGCUGCGGGUAAAACAGUGCUUGGUUAUGUACGGACUGGAUACCUGGGCGUGAGUGUCCAGAAAUUCCAAACACGGCUGGGCUCGGGGAAUCUGGCGGAUUGGACUGCUCAGAUCGAGGAAGAUGUUGAUAUGUGGUACAAGCUUUACGGCGAUAAUAUCGGCGGUAUCUUCUUUGACGAGGGCUGGCCCGAAUGUGGUGACAACAAUGAAUAUGCGGAUCUGUAUAAGUAUAUCAACGCCUAUACGAAACGUGCUCACCCCGGUGCAUUCACAGUCCUGAACCCCGGAUCUCCUAUAGCAUCUUGCUUCGAGGAUACCAUGGAUACCCUUCUGACUUUUGAGCUGAACUACGAUUCCUACAUCAACUCCUACACACCUAACAAUUGGACCCCCAGUGACCCGCGGAAACUCUGGCAUAUUGUCUACAAUGUGCCCGAACCCGCGGUCAGUGAGGUAGCCAGUCUAGCCAAGGAGCGCGGGGUGAGCUUCCUUCAACUUACAGACGACAGCUUGCCCAAUCCAUACGACACGCUGCCUGCGGAUUCAUACGUCCAAAGCAUGAUGAACGCAAUCAGUGGUGGCUCCCCAUUGAAUACAGAUGCAGCAUCCUGGACCUCUGGAGGCGCCGCAGGAGCGGUGUCUGGAUUAUCAGUUGUGACUUCGGACUAUAGCUCUGCUCAGUUAUCCUGGAACGUGGCCUCGAAUUCUCUUGGCUACCAUGUGUAUUCGGGUGAUAGUGUUGUUGCAAGUGUUCCAAGCUCAAUGACAACGAUCACGAUUGGCGGUCUGGCAUCCGGAAGUAGCUACAUAUUUCAUGUAAGUGCAGUAGGUGGAGGCGGCAGUCUAGGGCCAGCUUCGAAUACAGUUACUGUGAAUACCGAAUCUUUACCUGGUGGGAAAACUGUUGUUAACUACGACUCCUCUCCUUCAGCCACUUCGACCACUAUCCAGGCGGACAUUCUAGUACCUUACUCGUUUGUCCGCCUCUAUCUCUGGGACUCCGUGGGCUGUGACUUCGAUACUGAUCCAGGAUGGAGUGUUAACUUCAACAUUGACCAUUACGCCUGCACCCACUACAUGGUCGAAGGCACUACACUCUACAAGUAUAACGGUGUACUUCCUGAAGGCUCCACGGCGCCCCCAUGGUCCUGGGAGGUAGUCAGCACAAUCACCCUGGACAUCACCGGCUACACUUACAAGUGGACGUUACCCCUGGGGACUUCCACUUUCGACACGAGCAAAUUCGUGGUUCAGGCGCAAGGCUAUAAUCCCUUAACCAACGCCUUUGAGCCCGACCCCACUGCUUAUGACUGCGAGGGCUCGACCAUGUGCACGACCCCCGAUUUUGUGAAGUGGUGUGACCAGGCCGUCAAUACCCUGCAGCGAAACGACCAGCCCUCUUACUUUGCUACGUCUGCGAACGAGUCCGGCAUUAAUCUGUCCGGCAACUGCUGGGGCGAUCAGACUCGGGGCUGCGGCGUGUUCAUCCAGGGCGAUGCCCACUGCAGUAUCAGUGGUAACGACAUAUGGAAUGACUACCAGAACAUCCGCAACAUUGGCGGCUGUAAAAGGUGUGGCUCGUUCCACAGGGAAGACGGCUGUCUGAUUACUAUCAACUAUAUCUAUUCAUGUGACAACCACUGGUAG